AUGCAUACCACAAGUCAUGUUGCAGGUUGGCAGGCUACCUCCCUGGUGGUCUGCCUCCUGGGCUUGGCCCUCGGAGUGCUUGCCAAAAUCGAACCCUUUGCGCUGUCAGAUGUGAGGUUACUAGAUACAUCGCACCAGAUACGAUACGAGCGCUUAAAUGCAAAGUACUUACUAGAGAUGCUUGACCCGGACCGGCUGUUGUGGUCCUUCCGAAAAACAGCUGGGUUACCAACGCCGGGACAACCCUACAUCGCGUCGUGGGAAGAUCCAGGAUGCGAGCUGCGGGGUCACUUUGUAGGACAUUACUUGUCAGCCCUUUCGCUGGCGUACGCGAGCACAGGUAACAUCGCAUUUCACACGCGUCUGGCGCUCAUGGUCUCCGAGCUUGGGAAAGUGCAGCAGGCGUUGGGCUUGGGCGGCUACCUGUCCGCCUUUCCGUCAGAGUUCUUUGACCGGGUUGAGGCCCUCAAGCCCGUAUGGGCACCGUACUACACGAUCCCUAUCGCACCAUUCCCUGACACGACCCAGAUCCACAAGAUUAUAGCCGGGCUUGUCGAUGCCUACGAGCUGGGCGGCCAGAAGGAGGCCCUGGCCAUGGCGUCCCGCAUGGUGGCGUACCAUUGGAACCGCACACAGGCACUUAUCGCCUCUAAGGGCAGGGAGCACUGGAAUGGAGUGCUCAACUGCGAGUUCGGGGGCAUGAACGAGAUCUUGUACCGGAUGCACCGGAUUACGAAGGACCCGACGCACUUGGAGUUCGCCCGCCUGUUCGAAAAGCCGUUCUUCAUGAAGCCCAUGGUCAACAACUUUGACAUCCUGGAAAGCCUGCAUGCCAACACGCACCUGGCUCAGGUGGCCGGCUUCGCGGAGGCGUACGACACUGUUGGUGAUGAGGCUGCGCGCAACGCCACGCGCAACUUCUUCGACAUUGUCACCACCCACCACAGCUUCGCGACGGGCGGCUCCAACGAUCACGAAUUCUGGCAGGCACCAGACCGCAUGGCUGACUCCGUUAUAAAGCAAAAAGACGCGGUGGAGACGCAGGAGACAUGCACCCAGUACAACAUCUUGAAGAUCGCGCGGUCGCUAUUCCGCUGGACAGGAAAUGUAGCCUACGCCGACUUUUAUGAGCGUGCGCUCCUAAACGGCAUCCUGGGCACAGCGCGCCUGCCUCCGGAGGAUUGGCCCGAGCGUGCGCUUCCACACCGCCACGGCGAGGAUGCGCACCAUCAUCACCACCAUCACGUCAACCACCUGCGUCGGAGCCUCGUCACGUUGUCUAGUGGCCCCGGUCAACACUCGGCGUCAGGUAGCGAUGCCGGGGCCGCAAAGACGGAGGCGGGUGAGGAAGGCGUGCUUGUGAGCCCGCACCGAAGGCCGCACAACGAGCAGUGGCUGCCCUGGUGGGCCUUCGCGAAGCCGCAGCCCGAGUGGAAUGCCUCGGACGCCCAUGGGCCAGGCGUGUUCCUCUACCUGACGCCGUUAGGCACGGGGCAGUCCAAGUCCGACAACAUCCACCACUGGGGCUUCCCGUAUCAUUCAUUCUGGUGCUGCUACGGCACGGUCGUGGAGUCCCACGCCAAGCUCGCGGACUCCAUCUACUUCAAGGACAUGAACCCACAGCAGGGCGGACCCAGCGACCCCUCCGCCCCCAAGCUGCCGCCCCGGCUGUACAUCAACCAGCUGGUACCGUCCAAGGUCACAUGGCAUGAGCUGGGGCUGCGAAUAACCACUGAAGCCGAUAUGUUCGCACCAGGCCCUGCUGCCACGGCGCAGAUUCGCUUCGACCCGUUAAGUGCAGCUGCUGCCGGCUCGCAGCUAUCGGCUAUGUUCACGCUCAUGGUGCGGGUGCCGGAGUGGGCGGCUAGGGAGGCGGCCAGUGGGACCGCCGGUCGCGGCCGCGGCAUCAGCAUCGGCGUGAACGGCCAGUCCUGGACUUCCUGCCCUGGCGCGCCCGUCCCGGGCAGCUACUGUCAGGUCACCAGGCAGUGGUCAACGGGCGACGUCGUGUCCCUGCGCCUGCCCAUGCGCUGGUGGCUGAAGCCCCUGCCAGAGAACCGGCCUCAGUACAGCGGACUGCAGGCUGUCAUGAUGGGCCCCUUCGUCAUGGCCGGCAUUACCCAUAACGACCGGCUGCUCCGCCUUCCCGGCAGCUCCUCCGCUGCUGCGGCCUCGGCCUCGUUGGGCACCAGCACGGGCUCCCCUGUCAACCUGGGUGGCCGGGUGUACCUGCCCGAGGAGGCCGAUGAGCUGCUCUCACUGCAGGCCGCAUGGAACGCGAGCCUGCACGUGCGCCAUGACGCCAACCUGCUGUAUAUGUCAGCGCUGGAGGACGGCGGUGACGCCAUGGACGCCACAUUCCGGCUGGGCCGCGGCUGCCACCACGGGGGCCGCACCGACAGCGGUUUCACUUCGUCGGUUUCGGAGCACCACAAUCUGCUGUCGCUGCUGCACGGGCAAAGCCAUCGACAGGACAUCAGCACGGACGUUCCCAGCCACGGCGCCCUGUCCGACGCCUUCACGUCGCUCCGGUCGCUGAUGCGGCUAGGUCAGCACGACGCCGGGCAACAACUGAGCCUGGAGGCCAUGGCCUACCCCAACCACUACAUCGCGUACGACCAUUCAGAUGUCAUCGUGCUGCAGCCGGGAGCUGCAGGUUCGAAGGCCGCGUCCUGCAAUCGGGCCAUGUGGAUGAUGCGCCCCGGGCUAGACGGGGCCCCCGACACGGUAUCGUUUGAGGCAGUGGCGCGGCCCGGCUACUACUUAACGGCUGUAGGGUUUGACGGAAAGGCAUCGGAUGUUGCGGCAUCCUGUCGUGACGCGCCGAAGGAGACGUGCCAAGAAGGCGGCAGUGACAGCUCAUGCACGUCGGAUUCCUUUGCUCCUGUUGCUGCCACUGAGGUGAUGUUGGCGGCGACGGCAGCGGUGGUGGUGGUGGAGGAGGAGGACCUUGCUGGUCCGCAUGUAAAUGUAUUAGUACGGAGGCCUGUGGCGGCAUCUGCUGCGGCAGAGAUUCAGACCGAAGCAGCGAAGCCUGCAGCCGAGAACCGCCCACAUCACCGUUAUCGUCCUGGAGGAGGCGGCUUCGGCGGCUCCAAAACCAUCCCGCGGUGCCGAGAUGGCGCGGGCACGAGUGUCCCGCUGUCUCUGCCUCCGCCGCCACCAGCUGCAUCAUGUAUGGCCGACAGCGUCGGCAUCUGCUGCCCCCCUAGCCCCCCUCGUGUGGAUGCUUCCCGCGAGUGCUCCGGCAUCCUCAGGACCACCUCUUGCACUGAUAGCAUUGUCCGUACCGCACCUUUUGGACACAGCUGCCACAGGUUGCGUGUUAGUGGAGCCACCCCAAGCAUGAGCGGCAAGGCAUCGCCGAGCUCCUGGAGGCAAUGCAGUGUUGUUGCUCGGCCGCUAUCACCACCACCUCUUGUGCUUGUGAAAGGUCUGAUGCUGGGGCAACGCCGCUGGGCUAGGGAAACGCCGCUGGAGUGA